AUGCAGCUGAAGCUUGCCAAAAUUAUCCUCUCCGCAAUUUUCAUCUUGUUUCAUUCUAGCCGGUCUGAAUUUUGUCAUGAAGCACAUGGUUUGAUCUACAAUGAUCAGAUAUUGAUCGGCGGUAAUUACAAAUCUAUAAUAACCCGUGGAAUUCUUGCAUGCAGUCACAAAUGCUUAGCAGAUCCAACAUGUACUUCGUACAAUUAUGAGCGCUCCACAGAAAGCCAAGGUGCGUGUGAGCUCAUAAACGAAGAAGCGGAGAGUAAAGAAGUACUCCGGGAAAGGAAAGGGUCAUUCUUCGUUCGAUUAAGACAAAAAGUGGCGAGUAAUUUUUCUAAAAUUUGUUAUUACGAAAUGCCCCUAUGCACCUGGCGAUUUUGAAACCGGGGGGGCAGUACUCAAGCAAGUUUACACGGGGAGGCUCCGCCCUGAUUCCAAUCCCUUACCCUUUUUUAUACCAUUUUUGAAAUAAAAGGUACCCCUUUCACGACCUAGUUAAGACCUUUGCAUCUCAGCUUUCAACUGCUGUAAAUACACUGUCUUUUAAAUAGGAAUAAAUCACAAAAACCGGAACGUUUUCUCAACUCCUUUACAGCCUUAAAGUGCAUCUAUUGGGCCUGUUUGCAGACCGGCUUUAUGACAGUUUUCCCCACCAUUUCACAUACCUCAACAACUGAAAUCUUUACCCUUUCUGGCGGAGCCUUCCCGUGUAGGUCAUUAUAGGUAGUACCCCCCCCCCCCCCCCCCCCCCCCCCUCUCCCCCCAAAUCCCUUCACUCAAACAACGUUUCCUCGCCUACCCCCCACCCAACCACCCCCUCCUAGCAACCGUUCCCUCUACCAUUUUUUAUAGUGUCAUUAAUUUUACAAAUUCUUUUUUUUAUUCUUCAAUUUUUUUUCUUUUCUUUCACUUUAAAUAAUAAUAGAAAAUACAAGCUUACAGACACACACAGUAUUGUAUGUAUGCCCCGUUCACGGGGAGCUUUCCUCUUUUGGUAUUCUUUUUUUGUCCCCCCCCCCCCCACCCCCCGCUUCUUUGCCUCAAAUUCUCAGAUUAAAACUGCUGAUUCGAUGGACAGCUCUCAAGCAACUCGUCGCGCUGAGAGCAAGUUCCAUUUCACUUUUUUAAGGGGUCCAUUAAUUUUACAAAUUCUUUUUACUAAUCUCCAAUCUUUUGGAAUAACGGGGAGAUAACAGGUAGCUAAGCAGAUGGACUGAAAGAUACGCCAUUGUCAGUCUUUGCGAUGAUUUAUGGACUUUCUCGUUUUUUUUUUGUCUUUUCUCUCUUCUCUUAUCCUGUGGGGUACUCACAUUCCAAGAUUUUUUUCUUCAGUAUGGCAAAACUGUCCGACCGUUAAAAAAAUACCUUUAAAAAAUCAAGGACCUUUUAUUUAUCGCCGCGUUAUAAACCUCGAUAUGACGAAGGGCUGGAGGGACUGAAAAAAUAUAUUAUCUACAAGGUUUCGCUAUAUCGAAGUUCUUUUCCAUAUAUUUUACUAGUACUUGGGCUAGGAAAACUGUUCGUUAUACAUAUAGAGGUACGAUGCCUUAAUUCGGCCGGGUCAUCUAUUAGAUUGACUUUGUUUGUUCGUAUCAAGCAUCGUGAAAACAAAGACUUCACAGUUUCAGUUAUGUCUUUAAUUGCAAAUUUAAGGGGGUAUCUGGUCAAAAGCCUAGUUUUAUGCAUAAUUUAGCUAUUCUCCUUCAAAAUUUCGCCGAGAUUUUAUUCGAUCUAAAAAUGCUUCAAUUGGUGUGUAACCCUUUACAAAAUUAAUGUUUACGAAUUUUUUUAAUGAUUUUGUUUUACAAUGUUUAAAUAAAGGAAUAUGGCGGGAGAUGUUUAAGUUUUAAGAUUUGAAGAGGCUGAAAAUUAGAAUGAGAACUUGAAAAUUAAAAUUUUAAUAUUUGAAGACAAAGGCUGCAAAAUCUGACAGUCUCUCUUACCGUAGCCGAUCGGCUCUUGCCACAGCAUGGUACCAUGAGCUCAUUCGCAGACUGAAGUUGAAUAUGUGUGUUCCCUUUUACCGAAUUUCGGUAUUUUUUUUCUUCAUUUCAUUCCAUUUUCAAAAAAAAAUUGAAAAGAAUUCCAGGGGGAAUUCUGGUUGAAAAGGUUACACACAUACUCAACUACAGUCCGCUAAUAACAAUUAUAAUUUUUCAUUUUUGUGUCGUUUGAAAUCAAAAUCGGGUGCUUUAGGGAAUGAAUUAAGAUGAUAAAGAAGAGAGCAAUACUACCCCCAUAAAAAAAAUAAACAAAAAAUAUAAGAAACCAGGGCGAAGAGAGAAGCGAAAGGUGAGAGAGCCUUCCUUUCUCUUUUCGACCUCCUCUUCUCUACCUCAAAUCUCUUAUCUCCCCUCUCCUAGUAAUAAGCGAACAUGAACGGCAAAGGACCGCAAACGAUUUUGUCGCAGAACGUAGGAUCGAGUGACCUGUUAUUUUCUCACUAGAGUAAGAGCUUUUUUUCUGUCCAUUUCUCUGUUUUGGGUUCUAUCAGUGUGGUAUUGAUGUCUUGCAAAAUUAAUUUUCACUUACGUAGUAAGAUCAGCUUUGCAGAAUUCAACGUGUUUCUCCUAGCAACUACUAUACGGAAGGCCUGAUACUCAGGCAAGAAAAAGACUGUGUACUAUAUAACUGCUGUUAUCCACCUUUUUUUUUGUUUUUUUGUUUUUUUUUUUGCUAGCUGUGCUGGCAUCGAGCAGGCACUUACAUUAACAAAAAGGAAGAGGACAAAAAGAUAGUAUCGCAGGAAGCCUUUCUUUGUGCUUCCUAGAAAAGUAAAAAGAAAAAGAAGUGCCAAAAUAUUAAUUUGAAUGAUUGCAGGUGUUAACCUGACCAACUUGGCAGCUGAAAUUAGUAAUGGUCUCCUUGGAAGCGAAAGUAAUUCACUCAGUUUCAGUUAUCGAUUUUUACAAUUGAUGAUACUUAAAUAAAGGUCUCCACUGAAAUGACUCAUAAAUAAAUGUAUUUUGUGUAGUGUCCGUAGGAUAAGUAAUAUUUUCAACGUAAUCUCGUUUUCAAACAAUUUACGGAAACCUAGGAGCUGCCUACAGGCAUGGAAUCAAGGAGCACGAACAUCGGGUUUUUACCUCAUACAAGGUAGAACGGAGUGUCUGUUUUACGAAAUGUAUUGCGACUUCAGUUCGGAGCCCGGUUGGGCUUGGACUCUAGUUAUGUCGCAAGGUUUUGGCAACAGAGGGAAUAGUUUUACGAAAUCGCCUUUCCUAAAAGGAGUACUAAAGAAUCAGCGCACUCCCAACUGGGAAAAGUACAGAAUCGGGAAAGGACGAAUGUGGGUCAUAAAAGAGUCAUCUAGCCAUUGGAGAGUAACGUGUGAUUUUCCAAAUUUCGGAGUCGAUUUCAGAGAUUAUCUGCGGGCCGCUUUCCAGAAUUUGAACCCAAUUAAGUUCGAGGCCAGUGGUAAAUGCUGUAAGAUGGACUACAUCGAUAUUCGCGGGCAUAACUGUACAGGAUGCACGGCGGCCUGGUGGCAAAACGAUCAAAGAUUUUUAACGCACUUUAGCGAUCAGGAUGAAUGCCAGUUUGGAAAAACACCAGGCUCCGGUGCAAAUGAAGCCAAUUUCGGUGGAUAUUGGAAGAGCAAUACCAACAUCGCAUUUCGUUGUUCCAGUUCAGAAAGAUCAACCACAAAUUAUUGGUUUGGAGGCCGGGUGUAG